AGUAAAUAGAAGGGAAGAGCUGGAACUCAGUAUUGUGAACAUAUAUAAUAAUUGCACUCAAUUUAACCAACUUUAACCGAAUAUGAAUAUCUUAUGUAAAAAAAUUUGGACCAUGCCAAUGGCAAGUUGGCGAACCUGCUGUGUCUCAUUUCCUUCUUUUGGCCUUGUAUUUCAUGUGCAAUGAAGUACUAAUUACAAGCAUUUUCUUUUAACCUCUUAAGAACGCCAACUAAUGUCUUGGCUUUAGCAAUAUCUUUAUGUUUUUUUCUUUUUUUGCCCUUGGCAAUUCUGCACAGUAAAUUUUUUACUUAUGCAUCUAUUGUACCAUUUAGGAAUGUCAAUUAAUUAGUAAUAUCAACUUCUAUCUUUCCCUGAAUGCAGUAUUUUCUUGUAUCUAUGUAACUGAUAGUUCUGCAUACCAUCUUAUAGAACAUAUGAAAUUGUCAUAGCACAAUCAAAUCUCUUGGCAUAUUACAGAGUUAGUUCAGGAAGGAAGACAUACCGGUGGUUUUCCUGCAAGUGCUGUAGCUGUUGCCUCAAGAUUGCAGCCUCCCUUUGCCAAAACUAACCAGUAGGAAAAACAAAAAAGAGUACGAGAAAAAUGACAAGAAAUAAGAAGGCAAGAAGGGAAUUGUACUUUGGCUAAAACAACUGACAAUUAUGGCAUGGACCAUGCCCUUUACUUGAGUAUGGCUUACCGAAUUUUGGGAUUAUGGAAGCAAUAUCACAGCUCCUGUUCUUGUCGUAAUCUUUGUUGUUCUACUCAGUCAUAUACUCCCAGCUUGACCAUCAACAAUAUUAAGAUAUAAGAAUGUUCCAUCUCAUAUGCUAUGUGUGGCAAGGUACACAGCCUUUUGGUGUUUUAUAGCCUGUGAGAACUGCUUAUGUGCUAAUGGAGAUCAUUUUUCAUUUCAGACGUUGGGUGCUGCUAUAUAAUCAGGUUUCUAAGUAUAGAUUCAAAGGUAUUACUAAAACUGUUACAUGCUAGGUGUUCGUUUCUGGUUGGUGGUGUCCUUUCAAUUGAGAUAAUGAUGAAAUGCCUGUGAAAACUGCUUAUGUGCUACUGGGAUCAUUUCUCAUUUCAAACGUUAGGUGCUGCUAUAUAAUCAGGUUUCUGAGUAGAGUUUCAAAGGUAUUAUUAAAACCAUCACAUGCUAGGUGUUCUUUUCCGGUUGGUGGUGUCCUUUUCAAAUGAAUUGAUGAUGAUGAUGAUGAAGUGCAUUAGGUACACGCUGCAAAAUAUGCAUUAGGUCUCUUUCUAUGGUCAUAAAUCAUAACUUAACUCAUGCACUGCUCAAUUUGAUUUUAUGUUGAACUAUGGCAUGUUAUUUAAUUUUUGUGCAAAUGAAGUGAGAAAUGCGGAAGCAAACAUAAUAAAACAGAGGGAAAUCAUAUGUAAAUUUGUAUGACAUCUUACAUUUUGGCUUCAUAUUGUAAAAUUCAUUGAUCUUUUUAACCAUGUACUAGCUUAUGGAAGACCGGGUGCUGCAUUUAUUGGAAUCUUCCACUACUGAGAAUCAGCGGGUUAAGUAUGUGGUUUAUGGUUUCUUGCUUGCUAAUGUCAAACCCCUGCUAACUUGCUAUAUAAAGAAUGCAUGCUACUAUUUAGUUGUUUGAAAAGGGUUCUCUAAAAAUGCUUGGAGAUUAAGAAAAGACCUAUUAUUUUGAAUCUUCUAUUGUCUUCCUUGGUGUAUGUGAUAUUUAAAUUUUAAAGCAUGCUGGUUCUCAAAUGUGGUAGUAAAGAGAAGGAAACCCAGAACUUUGAGUCACAAACUGAUGACAGAUACGCAUGAGAUAGCAGAGAAAAUGAAGAGUACUUCAGAACUCUACCUUGACUUCUGAUGCAGGAUUCAUCAGCUGCUCUUGUUCCUCCUUCAAGGCGUUGUAUCGUUCGAUGACUGAUUUCAAGCUGUUAGUAAAUAGGAUUAUUAGAGAAUAUUCAUUGCAUAUCCUAAUAUAGUUGUAAUGUUUAUGUCCUAUUUUCUUCAUUUUUUUCAAGGAGGAAGUAAAAUUAUUUCGACUCU